AUGUCUAGCAGUAAAUGUACCAUUACCUUUGAUAAUAAUCCAUUUGGUGUUUAUUAUGCCGGUCAAGUGGUGUCUGGGACAGCCGAAUUGGUGACAACGCGACCAAAGACAAUACGAUCCAUUUCGAUUAGCAUAAGCGGUUUCUCAGAAGUACGCUGGACGGAAAAUAUCACCAAACAAGAUGCUCAGGGUAAUCGGCAGAAGGCCCUGGAAACAUAUUCAGCAUCGGAAAUCUAUUAUUCGAAUGAUAAAUUUGUCUACGGGCAAAGUGGUGGCUCGCAAUUGGAAUUGCCGGCUGGUAAAUAUGUCUUCCCAUUUCAAGGUUCCAUACCACCAAAUGCUCCAACGUCAUUUAAUGGGGCCUGGGGUCAAAUACAACAUGAAGUCACCCUGACCAUAGACCGUGUUAUGCGCUAUAACAAUGUGUUUAAGCAGGCUUAUACCGUUAUAUCGCCAUACGAUUUGAAUUUAAAUCCAAAUCAUGGGAAACCUUUGCAUAAAAUCGAAGAGAAAACCUUCUGUUGGAGUCUCUGUUGUGGCAGUAAAGGUCCUAUGGUAAUGACCGCCAAGGCACCAUUUAGUGCCUAUGCCCCGGGACAAAAAAUACGCUUUAAUAUAGUUCUCGAUAAUCAAUCCGAUGUCCAUUGUUCCGAUGUUAAGGUGCGUCUAAUGAAAAAAGUCAUCUACACGAGUCGUUCGCCCGAAACAAAAACCAAGGAAACCGAAAUUAAAGUUGCCGACAAUCAUUGCGGCGAAGUGGUGAAAUUUAAUAAAGCCGAAUUCAAUGAAUUUUUACAAAUACCCUCAACAACACCAACUUCCCUAGAAAGCUGCAGUAUUAUUAAAGUUAGUUAUACAUUGAAAUUUAUUGCCAAGGUUUCACGGAUUCAUGGAGAUUUGAUAAUUGAAUUUCCGCUGACAAUUGGCACGGUGCCGAUAUUUGCAAGUACAAUUGAAACGGAUGCGAUUACGGCCCAACCAGGUCGGGGACCGGUAUAUAAACCACUGCCUCCUCCCAUGUUCGAAGAAGAUGUACGCUCCGAACAAUUUGAAAGCAAUACAUUUAAACCCAGAUAUCCGGUAUUUUUAAAUGAUGGUGAGUUGGGUGUUAAUGGUACAGCAGCACCCGGCCCAUCGGCCCCACCCCCAGCCGCCGCGGCAAAUAAUCUCUAUCCUCCAGUGCAACCAGUUCCGCCGGUUACACCAACUCCACCCAAAUCGAAUAUAAUACCAACUGCCCCACCAGCCACGGCACCUUCCAUGCCAUCACCAGCUGCUGUCCAACAGCCAAAUACAAAUCGUUCGGGUCCAACUCAUCAACCAUCUCUUGAAGUUUUAGGUUUUAGCAUACCACCUGACUAUGAACCCACUCAAACCGAUCCAGCUGCAAAUAUCGGCUGGAAAUGA